GCCAGCAACUACGAGCACGAUGAAAACGGAGGAGAAAACAAAUGUGCCACGAGUGCGGAUAGCCGUGCUCGGGAACGUAAAUGUAGGAAAGUCUGCCCUCACCGUACGCUACCUGACCCGACGGUUUAUCGGCGAGUACAGUUCCAACACGGACCUGCUGUACAAGCAAACCGUGACGCUCGACAGUGGCGUGCUGGAUGUGGAAAUCGUCGACAUUUCGGCAGAGAACGACAACGGAUUCCCGGUGGAGCAGAUCCAGUGGGCCGACGCCUGUCUCAUCGUGUACAGCAUCACCGACCGGGGCAGCUACGAGUACGCCCAGCGGUCAUUGGCCGAGCUGCGGCAGCUACAGAACGCACCGUCAGCCUACCUGGUCGGUAACAAGGCCGAUCUGGAUCACUUGCGCGAGGUCCAGGAAACGGAAGGAGCAUCGUUGGCCGCUUCGCACGCGAUCGGUUUCUGUGAAGUUUCGGUUGCCGACAACACACCCGCACUCUACAAAGCUUUCGAGCGUCUGCUGGUAGAAUCACGGGCCCGCCCUGUCAAGCCACGCAAAUUUUCCGUCAGCAAAAUGUUCGGCACGCUGAUCGGUAACAAUGGCGCACGGCAGCCCCCAGUCAGCCAGGGUACGGUUGUGCCGUGUCACAAAGGUGAGCUGCACAAGUCGCGUGUGAUGAAGCGACGUCAGGCCUUCACAGCGACUGCCUCCCUAUGACCGACGUCGACCACGGCCGAGGACAGCAAUUAAAC